ACCAGGGCUAAACUGCACGGACUGUUUGGAAUGAUAGAGAAGGAGUUUGAACACCUUUACCUAGAAAAUCUAAACCUUCAGGAGAAGUUAGAACUAAUAACAGAAAGAUAUGAACGGGAGUCCUUGUGCACGGACAGGGCCCUGGGAGCUGAUGAUAUUGAUGGGUUAUCUACCUACAGAUCUACAGGGUCAACACAUAAGGUUUUUGGGUCAGGAGGCCGUCUUAAGUCCCACACAAACAAACUAAAGUAUCAAACAAACAAAAUAAUGUCAGGAUUGAAGGCUGUCCCUCCUAUGACAGCUGCUCCAGUAAAAAGGUAUCUGGGACAUAAGGAUGGUGUCUGGGAUGUCUGUGUCGCUAAACAAAGAAAUCCUCUUGUAGCAACUGCAUCAGCUGAUCAUACAGCCAAGGUUUGGGGGAUGCACAGUGGUAAUUGCCUUCUUAACUACCAGGGACACCAGGGGUCGGUCAACUCAAUCAGCGUGAUCAAGCAACUGACCCUUUCUAUGGUAUUUAUUGCACAGUACGCUGAAUAUGAAGAUAGUUUAUUGGGAAGUGUCCUAAGAACCCCUCUCAUGGUUCUUCAGGGGCAUUCAGGGGUAGUUAUCUCAGGAGAUUGGUUCCCAGGAGGAGAUCAGGUUGUGACAGGAGGUUGGGACAGACAAGCUUGUGUUUGGGAUUCUUCUACAGGAGAACUAUUAAACCAACUAGUUGGUCAUGAUGAGGACCUAACACAUACAACAACCCAUCCUACUCAGAGAUUAGUUGUUACAGCCAGCAAGGAUUCGACCUUCCGACUUUGGGACUUCAGAGAAACUAUUCAUAGUGUCAUGGUUUUUCAAGCACACCAGGAUUCCGUGACCUCUGCAGUCUUUGUUCCAAACACAGACUUCAUUGUGUCAGGCUCGGACGACAGAAGUACUAAAGUGUGGGAUUUAAGGAAUAUGAGAGCUGCUGUGACAAGUAUUCAGAGUGACAGUGCUGUGAAUAGAAUAAGUGUCAACAAUGUCGGUCUUAUAGCUGUACCGUAUGAUAACAGGAAUAUUCGAAUAUUUGAUCUGACUGGAAAUCGUCUUGCAAGACUACCACGUUCUUCGAGACAAGGACAUUCAAGAAUGGCCUGCUGCACUGCCUGGGCUGAGGACUUGAACCAGAGACCAAACCUCUUUAGUGUUGGAUUCGACAGACAAGUUAUUGGAUGGUCAAUACAGCAGAAGGAAUUGCAAGAAGAAAAAGAAGGAUUCAGGCUAAGUCUGAGUCUCAAGGGAAAAGAUAUUUCCUCUUUGAAGGAACAUUUACUGACCUCUUUGAAGGAACAUUUACUGAAGGAAUAG